AUGAGUCUGGGCGCCAUAAGCGAUCAACUGCCAACAUAUCCGAACAAUAUACAGGGAGAAUUACGCCUUAUCUUGCAGACCAAAGAUGUAUUCCUUGUGUGCUACAAACAUCUGGAAGAGUAUCGACGACUGGUCAACGAACAAAAUCGACUUAUCACAAAGGAGUUUGUGCAAGAACAACUUCAGAUGGGUGAAGACGAAAUUUCUGAACUUAAAAUGGAGCUGCAGGAUGCCGAGUCACAAUUAAAUGCCCGACUGCGUCAUAAUGAACUUCUGGCCGAUCACCUUGCGGGAUUGGGUUUUGGAUCACUGGAGACAGGCGGUAGUGCACGCCACAUGGCUCUCGUUCGUUCACCUCAGAUGCGGAAAAAUAUGCUGGCUCAACGAGGAGCAGGAGCAGGCGGUGUAUCCGAAACUCGUCCGCCAACUCACAUGAUCGAUAACAUCGCAUUAGCCAUGGCUGAAAUACACCAAGAAGUGAGGUCGAAGGUGAAGCCAUUACUUGAUUACUAUCGCGAUCUGUUCUAUCUCCAACUUCACUUCAGCCUGGUUUUGGGACAAGUAUGCAACUACUGUAUGCCUUUGGUAACUGAGAAUAUUGGUUUGAUAGAUAGGAUCUUCUUCUGGUCUGAGCGACCAGAGUUUGAUUUGGUGCGCAGAGCAGGUGACAUCGGGGACCGAUUGAAAGAAAUCUACACAAGAGCCCAAACUGUACUCGGUGUACUGGCCGAAUCUGUGCGAUUCUUACAGUCGAAAGUCGAGUUGCAAAAGACACUUGAACAACGCUUUCAUGAACGUCUGGAUGAACAACAAAAGACGAAAGAUAAGAUUCUUCGCGAUGUUCACACCACGAAACAAAAUAUGGAUAUGUUGGAAGAAGAAAACGACCGUCUGGUUGGUAGUCUAGUCAAGGUAGACCCCAGCUUUGUGGACAGCCGGCACUUCUUUGAACUUGCCGAGGGUGGUGGCAAUCUAACGGGCAACAAAAAGCCUGGAACUCCAAAAGGAACAGCCCAGAAUAACGCUGAAGAUAAUCAGGAAUUUAGUACUAUAUCACCAGUCCGACAUCGCUCGCAGACUCGUGAAGGAUUUGACCGUGACACCCAGAGAGACGCCGUCACUCCCGUUCGACCUGGUCGACGCGGACGGGAUCUAGCAACACCGUCUGUUUUGGACAACCCAAUGGAUGAAAUGAACAAUAACAAAGCUAUAAGCGUCGCAAGUGAUGCGCCCGCACGAGUGGUGGAGAAUAAGGUGUUAAACAAGAAAAAGGUAGACCAGGAGGAGCUCGAUGCCUUGUUGAAAGAGGUCAGAUCGAAAAUAUCGGUGGUAAAAAGCCGCGCCAGAGAAGGUUCCCGGUCUGCCAACCGUAAUAAUGUAUCUGAAAGUUCUGGUUUAGUCAGUUCGGUUGGAGACACAGGGGAUAAAUUAACAGCAACUGAAACCAGAUCUGAAACAACCACCCCUAUACCAAAGAACCGGGUCCGCCGUGCAAAGUCUCGUCCAAGAAGUAAACCACAAAAAGGGGAAGAAAGGGAUAAUAACUCGCCCAUCAGGAUCUCCAAGACUAAGAUGAGGCGAAGAGCUACUAGUGUGGAGCGACCAGAAAGGCUUGUAAAUACGAAGAGACAUCGUCCUAAGAGUACUGUUGACGAGCACAGAAAUCGAGAAGCAGAAACUACUCACCGCCGCAAGCACGAAAGAAAGCCCCUAACGCCCGAAAAAAUCCCUAAUCUUGAAGAGCUCAGAUCCACUUCCGCCUCUACGGCUGCCGGGGACAGUGGUGAACAACAUAUGCCUCGUACGGGCAACUUGAAAUCUCGUCUCUUGGGUCGAACAAAAGACAUUCUUGAAGCGGCGCUGCAUCGUUCUUCAAAAACCAGCAUCAGUACCGAGCCAGUGACGAAAUCCGUAAGAGAAAUAGAGUCUUCCAACUCAGCCGGAAAUGUAGAUCACGAAGAUUUAAAUAAUGAUGCCGUGACCAGUGUUUCCUCAUUUGCUUCUCUCCUGGUUCCGGACUCAUCCCUGGGUGAACCCGGCCUAACUCCCCCAACACCCAUCAUCCCAGUCAGACAGCUGCGUGCUUUGGAGCCGAAGAAUGCCAGUCGACAUGGAACAGAAUCGCGAAGACUUUUCCGGAAAAGUCGAAAAGGAAGCCAUGUUGACAUACUCGAUCUGGGACAACAGCCACUCCCAGCUCUAGGAUCAGAAACCUUACUUACUGAGUCAGGUGCUAACGAAAUUAAAAACUACACACUGAUGAAUAGCCUUGAUACCAUAGAUACAUCCCGACCAAAACGACAUCGAACAAAGAGAGGAAAGAGUCAGACAGGUUCACCUUUGGGAGAUUUUCUCUCCGGAACUAGCCUCGGUCCCUUGCCUUCAACAUCCGCACCAACUUCGCCCGCA